AACAAAUCCUUUAUUUGAAGGAAAUGUUCCAGUGGCAAGUCUUCCUAUCACCACAUCUACUCUUGGAAAGGAGCCAAUGUCAUCUUGCCCACCAAAUCCAACUAUUGGUGGCACUUCUGGGACAAAGCCAUUUGUUCUAAAUGCUGGUGUUGCUACAGUUCAAUCUAAUGAUCAAGAAGAGACUCAAGUUGUCAAGUCAAUCACAGAGGAUGAAGACAAGGCAAUUAAAGCAAAGGUGCAGUUGAUGGAGGAAACACUAAAAUUGAUGCAAGGUGUCCAAACCAAUAAACCGAUUGACAUCUCAUCUUUAUGUUUUUUCCCAAACAUUCAAUUGCCCCAUAAGUUUAAAUUGCCUAAGUUUGAUAAGUACAAUGGCACUGGUUGUCCUUAUGCCCACUUGACGAUGUAUUGUAGGAAGAUGGCUCCUUAUGCCAAUGAUGAGAAGCUAAUGAUACAUUACUUUCAAGAUAGUCUGACAGGUCCUGUAGAUGCUUGGUUCUCUACUUUAGACAAAAGUAAGUUGGUUAUCGUGGGAGAGCAAGUGGAAGAUGGAAUCAAGUCAAGGAUUAUUAUUGAUUAUCAAGCAAUGAAGAGUCUCCUUGAACAAUACCAAAAUGGUAGUUCAAGGGCUUCUAGUUUAAGGAAAGUAGGCCAAAAUCAAAAGAUGGAGAAUGAGAAUGGCACUAUAAGCUCAGUUUAUGAGGCAUAUGGAAGAAAUAAUCAGUCACAUGGGCAGUUCAACAAUUGGUUCCAAGCUCCAACUUAUCAAUUAAUGACUUUUACAAGCCAACCAAGGAUUGUUUACGCCUCUGGGGUUAAUCGUCCACAACAAGUGAGACGACAUUUUGACAAGCUUCCUCUGUCAUAUACUGAGGUGUUUCGACAAUUAGUAGAAGCUGGAAUUGUUACUCUAGUACUUAUGGUGCUGGUAAAACCACCAUUUCCAGCAUGGUACAACCCACAACCAAUAUGUGAAUACCAUAGUGGAGGUGUUGGACAUGAUCUUGAAAAUUGUCUUGCUUUAAAGCACUGUAUCCAAGAUCUGAUAGAUGCAAAGGAGUUACAGAUUGCAUCAGAACAAAAGGUUGUUGGUCCGAAUAUCACUAAAAACCCCCUACCAACACAUGAUAGUUCAACAGUCAAUAUGAUCGAGAAGGAUUUUGAGGAAGUUCAAGAGGUGGCUGCAGUUACUCUCACCAAUCAAGUUUCAUCAACUCCUAGACAACUUUUAAUAUUGAAGGGACCGAUGCUUACAGUUCCACUCAACAAGGUUGAUCUUAGAACUGUUAUUGAUCAGGGCUUGAAUAAGUGAACAAUGGAGUUUUUUUUUCCUAUUGCUAUCAUUUUGGAAUGAAAUGUGUCUAUCAUGUUAGUCUUUAUUUGCAUUUUCCAAACUCCCUUCAUAUUGCAAUUUGAAUCUUUGUUCUUCAUAUUUUAAUUCAUGGUUCUUUGGUUCUUGAUUUUAUACUUCCACGAGUUGCACUGUUAGUGAACUUGAAUUCAAUGUUGAACCCCAUAGAGAAAAUCGAGGGUUGAGAAAAAGUAAGGGUUGAGAAGUGAGGGAGGUGAUUGAAAGGAAAAUAAUGGAUGAGUGGGAAU